AUGCAGCUAGAGGCCGAUGCGCGCGAGGCUCUUCCUUAUAGCAUCGAGAACUGUACCAAUGCCCUCGGCCCUCUCCGACAGGCAGUAUUUGCUUGCCUCACUUGCAAUCCCCCGCCCGCGAACUCGUCCGAUCCCUACAAUGCCGCCGGCGUCUGCUAUGCCUGUUCGGUGCAAUGCCAUGGCGAGCACACCCUCGUCGAGAUCUUCAACAAGCGCAACUUUACCUGCGACUGUGGUACCACGAGACUACCUUCGACAAGCCCUUGCAACCUUCGUCUAAAUCCCGAAACCAACUCCAAGGGAGGUGUUCACUCCCAGGAGCCCGAUGUGAACAACAAAUACAACCAAAACUUUCGCAAUCGGUUUUGUGGUUGCGAAUGUGACUACGAUCCUUUUGAGCAAAAGGGAACCAUGUUUCAGUGUUUGGGUCUAGGUACACAUGACACAGGAGGCUGUGGCGAGGACUGGUGGCACCCGGGUUGUGUUGUUGGAAUGGGUCCAAAGUGGUUCGAGAAGAUGGCCAAAGAGAAGAAGCCGAAGACAGAGCAGAACAAGGAGGAUGGCACCAGUGCCCCAUUGCCGACCAUCUCGGAAGAUUCUGAAGCGCUCCCGACCCAGAACGGUGCCGAGGAAGAAGAGGAGGAGGAGGAUGAUCCCCCACUUCCCCCUGGAUUCCCUGAAGAAGACAACUUUGAAGCCUUCUUGUGCUACAAGUGUGUGGGGGCUCACCCUUGGGUCAAGCGAUAUGCCGGCACCGAAGGAUUUCUACCUGCGGUCCACUUCAAGCCUGAUGGAGCGGCCGAAGAGACCCUUCCAGAUGCUCCUGCCACUACGGACUUCAAGACAGAGGAGCCCACGCUCAAAGUUGAGGAGGCUGCCUCUACCAAAACCGAGGUGCCUGCUGCCACCACCACACCAGCCGCUGCCAACCUCGAUGUUCCCAAGAAGCGCAAAGCCUUGGACGAUGAUGAGGAUGAGGCAGGUUCUCAGACAUCCAAGCGUGUGAAGAAUGAAGAUGAAUCCAAAGAGAGUCCUAGAGAGCGCUCUGCUACACCUUCUGCUCCCCCGCCUUGCAAGCUUCUAUCCUUACCCCCAGUGCCCCCCGCAGGCAAAUUCUCUCUUUUCUGCAAGCCCGACUUCCGAGAGAAGCUGUGUCGCUGCUCUUCCUGCUUCCCUCUGCUCGUCCCUCAUCCCCAGCUUCUUGAGGAAGAAGAGACCUAUGAGCCACCUGUGUCACCAGAGGCGUCGGAGAACGGGUCCACAUUGGGCAGCAACUCCCUCUAUGAGCGGGGAGAAUCUGCACUGAAGAAUGUUGAUAGGGUGAGAGCUAUCGAAGGUGUGAUGGCGUACAACCAUCUCAAGGACAAGUUGAAGCCGUUCUUUCAGCAGUUUGCCGAGAGCGGACAGGCAAUCAGUGCCGAGGAUAUCAAGGGCUACUUUGCGAAACUGAGAGGCGAUGAGGAGGUCGCCACUGCGGAUACGUCUGCCCAGGGGAAGGAAGGCGGUGACAAUCGGAGGGAGGAGAGUGGAUACUGA